AUGGAAUAUUCGUCGUUUGAAUUAAACGAUUUAUCUGAUGAGAUUCUUCUGAUUAUUAUGAAAAAAUUACACAAUGUUGAAGUCCUCAACUCUUUCGCAGGUGUUAAUAAACGAUUUAAUAGAAUUGCAUAUGAUCGAACUUUUACAAGUCAUUUAUCAUUGAUGAAACGUUCAUCGCAUAAUUGCAUGUGCGACCCCUUGUCUGAUCCGAUUCUUGAUCGAUUUUGUUCAAAAAUUUUACCUGAAAUUCAUCAUCAAAUCAAUUGGCUUGAUCUUGAAUCAACAUCCAUGAACCGUAUUCUUCGUGCUACGAAUUAUCCGAAUUUAUAUGGAGUUGGUUUAUAUGGUAUUGACAUAGAUGGAGUUGUAUCUCUCUUUAUUGACGAAGCUCCUUUAUCUCAUAUUUUCAACAGUCAAAUUUCAUCACUUGUUAUCGCUUUUAUUAGAAAAAGCGGGCGAUCUUCAACAAUAAAUUUGCAUACACUUGUAUUUACACAAAUCUUUACUAUAUUUACCAAUUUACGGCAUUUACAUUUCGAUCGAUAUUCAAUGGGGUUUGAACGAUUAUCUUUUGAUGUGUCACCUCCAACGGUUAGCUCUUCAACUCUAUUAGAAUUACAUGUCUGUGUACGAAGUUUCAGCGAUUGUCUCUAUUUGCUUGAUGGACGUUUCAAUCAACUUCGUUCACUUCAUGUUAAUAUUUAUUUCAUUUUCCCUUCUAAUGUAACAAUUCAUAAUAAGGAUAAACUACCGAAUUUACGGUUUUUUUCUUUGCACUGUGAUAUGGAUACACGUGCUUAUGAUAAAUUGAUUGUACCACUUCUUCAUCGAAUGUUAAAUUUAGAAAAACUUGAUUUACUUCUUAUACUUAAUUGUGAUAAAGAAUUGGUUAACGGUAAUGAAUUGAAGAAGAAUAUUAUUAAUCAUAUGCCACGAUUAAACAAUUUUACAUUUAAUAUUUACUCAUACCAUUAUCUUCCUAUUCAAAUUGAUUUAUCAUCAAAUGAAGAUACCCAGCAUACAUUUGAAUAUUUUUACAAUAAUAAAAUUAAUUCUUGUGUUGAUUAUUUCAAAGAAAAGCAAUAUAGCCAAUGUCUUAUUUAUUCAUAUCCAUAUAAAUUCAUGUUUUAUAAAUACCUAUCAAAUAAUUUUACAGGUGGUUUUUUUAAAUAUGUUACUGAAGUAUCGUUAUAUGAUGAACGUCCUUUUGAACACGAAUUUUUUCUUCGGAUUGCUCAUUCAUUUCCAAUUGUGAGAGAUUUAACUCUAAUUAAUCGAAAACCACAACUCGAUAAACAAUAUAUAAAAUCAAAAAAUAAUAAUCAAAAUUUAUCAAUUAUUGAAUGAUCUAAAACAUAUAAUAUCCUGAUAUUUUUUCUUUUCUUUGUUGUGAUAGAUAUGCUUAUGCGAAAUGAAGAUUCUAAUGAAAAAUCAUCAUCGGAGGAGGAAAUUGGAGGGCAAUAUAAUUGCCAACUACAUUGUAUGGGUCUUGAUAAGUAUUUCGUAGAUUUUUCAUCAGCUACUUCGCGCAUUCGUUUUUUAUGUUCUUUGACUAGAAGUAAUAUUUUAAUAAAACAACCAAUCAUCCCAAAAACGCACGACGCUAUUCCAAUACCCAGUAUUGCAAAACCUGCUGCUGCAGACUUAAUUAUUAUUACUGGACCUCCAAUGCACAAUAAUAUUGAAACUGCUAUGAAAAACCACAUAACACAAAAAUGA